AUGAAUGAACUUCCUUGUGAGGUAAGGGGGGUAUACUGCAGGUGAUGGUAUGUGGGGAAACAAUUGUCUAUUUCUUUUAGGAGUCUUCCUCCUCCCCCCUCCUGAAGGACGGAACAGAGUUUGGAGUGAUUUGCAUGAAGUGCUAAAAGGGGAGUUGACGGAGCAGACAAGGUGAUAGCAGGACACAAAGACACACAAAAAGACAGCGGCGCUAAAGCAGGAACGUCAGGAGGGGAGCUUGCGGACGUGGACUAUUGCGUGUGCAACAGGACUAUAACACUAAGAAAACGCCUUCAAGAAAACAAAACAUGCUGCUUCAUUGUCCCUGAGGGACACAAAGAGGACAACAGGGCACAGCAGCAGCAGGACAUAAGAGUGCGCAGGUGGACACGACACUGUAGUUUUGGACUGUAAUCCAAAGAUAGAUGGAUCAGUUGCCGCAGGUUUGGCACAUGCAGGGCGCCGGCCAGGAACCUGGGGGUGACCCCCAGAAGAAGAUGUCCACGGUGAGCCAGCUGGAGUGUCCCAUCUGCUACAACACCUAUGACAAUGUCUUCAAGACCCCCAAACUGCUAGCCUGCAGCCACACUUUCUGCCUGGAGUGCCUCUCCCGCCUCAUGGCCAUCUCACCGGCAGAGCAUGACAUCAUGGCGGCAGAAACGGGCGAGGCAGGCACUACACCGCACGUCUUCUGCCCUUUCUGCCGCCAGAGCACCGCCUUGCCCGAUGGCGGGCCCCCGUCCCUGCCAACCAACCACGACAUGCUGCACAAGCUGCCCAGCCACCAGCAGCAGGAGGAGCCAGUGUGGCUGGAGGGUGAGAAGCUGUGCUACAAAAGCUCCAGGCCGGCAUCCGAUAGUCUCAGCGCCUUGUGCGUCUGCAUCGACAUUGGGGCUACCAAGGUGGCAAGUGGCGCCCCCAUCCGGAGCCCGCCACACAGUGUCGGGCUGCUGCACCAGCUGGCGGACUGGAAGAGGAUGGUGCUGUUUGUGAUGCUGAUGGUGCUGCUGGUGGUGGUAGUGCUGUGGCCGCUGCAGUGCAUGUUUAGCACAGGGAACAUGAGGUGUAUGCAGAUGGUACGACCCAACCGCACAGCCACCACCCCCACAAUGCGCGUUUUCAACCAGCUCACCAGGCCUCCAGCUCUGACUCAAUAAACACUAAGCCUGCCUGGACUGGACUGGACUGUACAUAGUUUGCAUCUCUCUUUGUGAAGGACUGAGUCUCACCAACUACAAGUCCCCACAGCUCCCUCUAGUGGCAGGCAGAAAACACACUAAGGCCGCAUACGAGGCUCCGCUUUUAGCUGCAACUUCAUUUCUAUUUUUCUACAAGCUACAUCUUAAUAGUUGCACCAUAAAUCAACAUUGCUACAGAUUUGAAAUUGUCUUUGGUCGAACAUUGUUUGAUGAAUAAAUGAAGUGAGAAAAAAAAGUAAAGUGCUAUGGGUGGAUGAUAUUAAUUCUAACAAUAAUGGAAAUUUAGUAAAAAAAUAAAAAGAAAAAAGAAAAAAAUGCAUUUUCAUGGUUGAUAUCCUUUUAAAAAGCAUAAUACAAAAUGUUAAAAAUGUCGAAAUAAUCCCAAC